CGUCAUCGUUCGAUCGUUCGGCCGCGUCGCGCCGCACACGCCCUCGCGCGCACGUCGACGCGUCCGUCGUCGUUCGUCGCGCGCACACGCGCCCUUUCGUCGCGCGUCGCGCCUUCGCGUCGUCGUCGUCGUCGCGAAUCGUCGUCGACCGGGACACUUUUCGGGACACUUUUGGAAGCGUCACCGCGUCGUCGCGAUGCGCGCGGCGCUGCGACGAUGCGCGAAGCGCGCGACGCGCGCGGCGACGCGACCGCACGCGGCGCCGCGCGCGACGGCGGCGCCGGCGCGCGCGUACGCGGACAUCGCGAGCCUGAAGCGGACGCCGCUGUACGACUUGCACGCGAGGCGCGGCGGGAAGCUCGUCGACUUCGCGGGGUACGCGCUGCCGAUACAGUACGAAGAUUCCAUCAUGGAGGCGACGCAGCACUGCCGGAGCGAAGCGUCGUUGUUCGACGUGAGUCACAUGCUCGGGAGCAGCGUCAGGGGGAAGGACGCGACGGCGUUUUUGGAGUCGCUCGUCGUGGCGGAUUUGAAGGGGCUCAAGGACGGCACGGGGACGCUGAGCGUGAUGACGAACGAAAAGGGUGGUAUCAUCGACGAUACCGUCAUCACGAAGGUUAAUUCUAAUGAUUUUUACGUCGUCUUGAACGCUGGUUGCGCGGAGAAGGAUCAAGCGCACAUCAACGCGGCGCUGGCGAAGGCCAAGGCGAAGGGGAUGGACGUCGAAUUCGUCGUGCACUCGGAUCGCUCGCUGUUGGCGUUCCAAGGACCGAAGACCAUGUCCGUGCUUCAACGCCUGACCGAUUUCGACCUGAGCAAGCUGUAUUUCGGGAUGUUUACGUCGAUGAAGAUCAACGGCGCCGAUUGCUGGGUCACGCGCACCGGUUACACGGGCGAGGACGGGUUCGAGAUCUCCGUCCCGAACGCCGACGCGAUGAAGCUCGCCGAGCGCUUGGAGUCUGAGAAGGAAGUGCGCAUGGCUGCCCUCGGCCCGCGCGAUUCUUUGCGCCUCGAAGCCGGAUUGUGCCUGUACGGUAACGAUUUGAACGAAGACAUCACUCCGCCCGAGGCUGGUUUGGCGUGGACCAUCGGCAAGGCUCGCCGCGAGCUCUGCGACUUCACCGGCGGCGAAAUCAUCAAAAAGCAGCUCGAAGACCCGAAGGCGAUUCCCCAGCGUCGCGUCGGUUUGACCUUCACCGGCAAGGGUGCCCCCGCGAGACAGCACUCUCUGAUCCUCGACACGGACGGCAACCAAAUCGGCGAAGUCACCUCCGGCGGCUUCUCUCCGGUGUUGCAAAAGAACAUCGCCAUGGGCUACGUCGCCAAAGCCUUCGCCAAAGCCGGCACCGAGCUCUUGGUCGAGACGCGCGGCAAGCGCACGCCCGCCGUGACGACCAAGAUGCCUUUCGUCAACACGACGUACUACAAGCCCGCGGAAUAGAUCGCGUUCGCGCGCUCCUUCCGUUCGCUCGCUCUUCGAUGUAACGACGUCCGUUCGCGCCGCGACCGACCCAGCCGCCCGCGGAAUAGAUCGUUUUCGCGCCUU